AUGCCGGUGGGAGUUUUGCUGAAGCGAAUUUCGCAGCAGAAGAAAACACCACGAUCGCAUCUAUCUCUCGUGUAUGAUGGCAAGAUACUUUCUUCCAAUACUCUUCUUCGCGACCUGGAACUGGUGGAAGGUGAUUGCAUCCAUGUCGUACGAUCUGCCGGAAAUGCGUAUCCAGCCUGGACAGCAGGCGGAAGAAUUGACCAUUGCUUACAGUGCUUCCUGCUCGGAUCACCUGGAGCUGGAAAGAGUGUCCUCUUUCGAUCCUUCUGCCCCGACCACUUUCAGGACACCUACUCGGAGUCAUUGGGCAUUGCUUGCCGAAAAGUCUUCAUCAGAACGGAUGAAGAGGAGACCGUGCAAGUGAAGUUCUGGAACGUUCAUGGGGUCGCACCACGCAUCCGGACACAGUCGUGUCCUUCGCUGCGACACCGUUCACGAUCGGGCGCCGGCUUUCUGGUGGUGUUCAAUGUGCAGAACCGAAGCACCUUCGAGGACCUGCCCGCACUCUUCCACGAGUCUCAACACGUGGAGGGAGGCGACCCGGCCGCGACUUCGCAUCUUUGCCUCGUUGGCAACCACUUCGGCUCAAGGGCGCGCGUGGUGUCCGAAGCCGAGGGCGAGCGUCUGGCUGAGGUUCUUGGCUGCCGUUACUAUGAGGUGUCUUCCGAGACCGGGGAGGGGCUGAAGGAAGUCCUCGAUGCAUGGCUAGACAUCCACUUCCAGCGCAUCCUUUGA